CCCACCAAAAGCCGGAACGAAAUCUACUAUUAUGUAUAGGUAGUUAUUAGGUACUACAUGCCCUGAUUGCCCUAAUUGCCCUGAUGUCCAGUGUCGCUACUACCUAAUACAUAGUACAUGCAGUCAUGUGUAUUGUACAUUCAAUCAUUGAUGUUACAUGCAGUAGUCAACUGGUAGUUGCAUGGUAUGUACAUAGUACAUAAUACCUACUACCUACAUACCCUGUAUUAUGGAUUACAAAGUGUAUGGAUACAUACAACAAUUAAACUAUCAUCAACCUUACAAACUUCAAAUUGAACAUCAUCUGCAAUUAAAUCAAGAAAGUCAAACUAUUCACUUUGCUUUUUUCUAUGUACUGUAGUUGCCACUAAAUGCCUACAUAUCACGUAAGUAAGUACCUAACUAUCACUUCUUACGCAUAUUGGCGUCCAAUUGCUAAAGAAAAAAAAGAAGAAAAAGCAAACAAGAAUCAAAAAAUAAAGAAAUAACCAAAAAUAAUAAUACACAACCAAGCCGACGUUAUCUCAUUUAUGACAGAAUCUGCUUGUGCAUACAAUACACACAGUACCUACACAUUACUUACAAACACUUUACACUUACACACACUCUCACACACACCCUCAAAUGCAUUUCAUCGUCGAUCCGCCUUUUCUUUCGUUGACGGCCAACUCAUCACUGAACCAUUGAUCACCAUUGAGACUUCAUCAUUGGUCAUUGAAUUCCCAUCCACCAACCAUGGACCGUUUCUCAUCUUUUCCUACCGAGGUUCGGCUUGUCAUCUGGCGGUAUGCUGUCGACAUGGUCUAUGAAUCAGGACCGCCUUGCGUCUGGUCAUUGGCCUAUCGUGCUCCUUAUCUUAGCCUUCAGCUUGAUGGCUUCCCGCUGCCGAAAUCCACCUUUGCCAUCUUCCAGGUGAACCGAGAAUCACGCCACGAGGCUGUCAGCCGAUACUUGCUGUUUAAGGCCCGUAACGGUGCGAAGAGAGGGCAUGUCAACGCGGUUGUUGACGUCUUCAUACUUGAUACUAGUUUGCUGGAAGAGAUGGCGUGCACACCUGAGUGGAAGCCGCCUCGUUUUAUCCGAUCGUGUCGCGCCGUUGCUUGGCCGCCUCCCUUGGCUGCAAUCUACAGCCAAUCUUGGCACAAUCUGUACUUCGUAAGGAAGAUCCUCUUGCCUAGCGUAUGCUUCACUUAUCUGUACCGUGACAAGCUUGAACCUUUGCUCAAGCUCUCUUACUUGCAUACCGUCUACCUGGAUUUCGGGAACCCCGUGCGUAGCGUUGCCAAUGACUACGCCGUGAAAAUGUUCCGACUCAAGCAGGACAAGCUGGGAUUAGAUAGUACGCAUCGUGAUAAAUUCCACGCCUGGUUCCAAGAGCACUCAGACCUCUUAAUCGGCCCCGGGCUGAAACAGAGCAGCGGCACCGACAGCAUGAACCAGCUAACCAAGAUACGUUUCCGAAAGUGGAAACGCAUCUUCUUAGACGAUGUUUUGACAGGGUGGGAACCAUUUGCCCGGAAAGGCGUUGUUGGCAUCCUAGUCUCUGAGCUUCAUCCUAGUUUCUGAGCUUCAUUACGGCCUGCAAACGGAAAUCUAGUCCGGCGCCCAGGCCAGAUGACCUUGCCGAACCCUUGGGAGGACGCAUGGGGAGCCUGCAGGCGAUAGCGCCGCGGCUCUGACCAGGCCAACACCAUAUCUGAUGGGUUUUAUGGAUUCACCUAGCGCCAUCGGCUCCCACUAGGCACUAGGGCAGGGGAUUGUUGACGGUAAUCAUACGCGGUCAACAGUCAACGUGGAGUGACGAGGGGUAGCAUCUGCAGCCAACCUUUUCUGGAAUAAUCAGCCCAACAUUGACGUCUUUGGAAACAGUGGAAACGACUUAUGGGUUUCUGACAGGCUUCCUCUGGUUCUUAUUACCUGGCCUUGCAAUUUGAUCUUGGGACCCUUGCAACUUGCUGAGAUCUUCAUCUCUCGCAACCUUAGCUCUCGCCCUCGCUAAUCGCCCCUCCUAAUUUUCGACAGUUCCUAGUCAGAAGAUAUCAUAUCAUGUCUUGGGCUUCCCAAUGCUGUGUAACCAUGAUGAGAGACUUCAUCGACGAAAGCACCAAUACCCAUACAAUACCAAUACCAAUACCACCAACAAUACAUCACCAACCACCACCA